AUGGCGUUCAUGGUGAAGAGCAUGGUGGGGGGGCAGCUGAAGAACCUGACGGGCGGCCUGGGCGGCGAGGAGAAGAGCGAGAGCGAGAAGUCUCCGGCCGAGGCGCAGGGCAUGACCCGCGAGGAGUACGAAGAAUAUCAGCGGCAGCUGGUGGAGGAGAACAGGAGGACGGCUGGGAGCCCCGGGGACCAACCCAACGAAACGGAUGACAACCAGAUCCAGCUGGUGGGAGGCGACGUGGAGCUGCCCAAAGAGCUGGCCAAGAUGAUCGAGCAGGACAACGAGGAGGAGGAAGAGAAGAACUCGGUGAUCAGCCAGCUCAGCAACAUCCAGAACCUGGACCUUGAUUCCUUGAAAGACAAAGCUUCGGCCACGCUAGAGGACCUGAAGCAAUCGGCUGAGAAAUGCGUCGUGAUGUGA